GGAGGAGGAGGAGGAGGAGGAGGAGGAGGAGGAGGAGUCUGAGAUAACCCAAUAACAUGGCCCCGCGAUGCAACCCCGUACAUAAGCGCCGACGCCUCUCUUUGCCCAAGCCAAGUCAGACUUUAGUCCCUGGCCAGCCCUGCAACCAUCCAAUACAGGCCGCUCCACCGAGGCUCAUCCCUGUCCGUGUUUCAACCGAGCACCAUGAAGGGGAAGACGGAACUAGUAUGCAGGUUGCCGGGAGGUCUUGUCUCCCCUCUCUGAACGAGAGGGUGUGCAAGACCCACUGGGCGCUGCUGACAAUGCAUAUGUUUUUGGUCAUGUGUUUAGCUAGCCUUUUUGAGAGCUCGUAUUGAAAGGCCUGGAUGCAAUUCUGAUGAGGUCAUUGGGAUCGAAAGCUGUUUCCUUGGAUGUCUGGGGUCUGAUGCGACAUCCUCUCCUGUCUCAAUUUGUCUCGAUUCGGAAGCUGGUGAUACUCUCGGGCCCAACACUGGCCAGAACACGGCCUCGUAAAACUCGGAUCUCUUUGGUGCCACUUCCAAAGAUGGUUCGCUGCAUAUAUGCUGAUUGUCUUGG